AUGUGUUGCAACUAUGGCAGCUCUUGUGGCUAUGGCUGCGGAUAUGGCUAUGGGUGUGGAUGUAGUCCCUAUUAUGGCUGUGGUUAUGGCCUCCGUUAUGGCUGUGGCUAUGGCUCCUGCUGUGGCUAUGGCACUGGAUAUGGCUGUGGGUAUGGCUAUGGCUCCAACUUCUGUGGCUACCGGCCAUUUUUCUAUAGAAGAUGUUAUUCCUCUUGCUGCUAG